AUGUCUACAGGAUUAAUUGACUCAUGGGCAGAUGCAGGUGAUGAAUUUUCCGCUCCACCAGAAAUCAUAGUGAACCCAGAUGGAACCAAAACUGUUAUUAGUUUCAGAACCAACCAAGAUGGUAAAAAAGUCAAAAUUACCCAAAAGAUAAAAGAAGUUAAAGUUCAAGAAAGAGUACAUCCUUUGAUUGCACAACGUAAGAACUGGCAUAAAUAUGGUAAAGAUAAGAAUUCUCCACCAGGCCCAGAUACAAGUACCACCCAAUUAGGUGAAAAAGUUGACUUGAAAUUAGGUACUUCCUGGAAACAAAUUGAAAAGAAAGAAGAAGAAGAUAAAGCUCAUGAAAGAGCUCAAAAAGUUGCUGUUCAAACCAUUAAAUGUAGACUUUGUGGAGGUGACCAUUAUACCUCAAAAUGUCCAUACAAAGAUACUUUGGGUGCUGCAGCUGGUAUUGGAUCCGCUAAUUCUACUCCUGAACCUUCUCAAGAAGGUGCCGGUGCUGCUGCUGGUAGCGGUAAGUAUGUUCCAAGACAUAUGAGACCUGAUGCUAGUGGUAAUAUUCCAAGUAAAGAAGCUAGAGAUGAUUCUACUACUUUGAAGGUCAGCCAGUUGAAUUCAUUUGUUGAUGAAGAUAUGAUUAGAAAUGAAUUGUUUGCUAGAUUUGGUCCAUUACAAAGAGUUACUAUUGUUAGAAACAGAGAAACUGGUGAAUCUAGAGGUUUUGCUUAUGUUUCUUUUGCUACUGAAGAAAUUGCCCAAAAAGCAUUGGAUACUUUCAAUGGUAAAGGUUACCAUUCUUUGAUUUUACACUUGGAAUGGUCUAAGAAGAAGAAGAACUAG